UUUUUUUUUUAAACUACAGACAGCCCUGGAAGUAGAGGGUUAGGGUAGAAAGUGCCCGCCCUUUAUGCAAAUUAAGGGGCGUGUCUAGGCGCGGAGGGAGGUGGGAGGUGGGGGGGGUGCUCCCGGGGGCGGCGGUUGCCCGGAUGGGCCGUUAGUCGGAGCUCAGCCGCGGAGUGAGCGAGGGAGACGGGAGGAGCCGAACCCGGCGCCAUCCACCGCCAUCCUCCCCCGCCCCACCGCCAUCCCGUCCCGGGGAGCCCCUAGGCCCGGGUCCCGGAUCCCCGCGCACCCGGCCAGGCUCCGGCACGUUUUGGGGGAGGUGCCUGCAGGACCCAACAUACUCAAUGAGCUUCCAGCGCAAUGUCCGAUCGCUCGGGGCCGACUGCCAAGGGAAAGGAUGGAAAGAAGUAUUCCUCGCUCAACCUGUUUGAUACGUAUAAGGGCAAGUCCUUAGAGAUCCAGAAACCCGCUGUUGCCCCUCGCCAUGGCCUGCAGAGUCUCGGGAAAGUUGCCAUUGCCCGGCGUAUGCCACCUCCAGCCAACCUUCCAAGCCUGAAAGCCGAGAACAAAGGCAAUGACCCCAAUGUCUCACUAGUGCCGAAAGACGGAACAGGAUGGGCAAGCAAACAGGAGCAGUCCGACCCCAAGAGUUCCGAUGCCUCAACCGCUCAGCCGCCGGAAUCGCAGCCACUGCCGGCUUCACAGACGCCUGCCUCCAACCAGCCGAAACGACCCCCAGCAGCCCCCGAGAACACUCCUUUGGUUCCAAGCGGGGUAAAGUCCUGGGCACAAGCCAGCGUCACCCAUGGAGCACAUGGAGAUGGUGGAAGGGCAUCAAGCCUACUGUCGCGAUUCUCUCGAGAGGAAUUUCCGACCCUGCAGGCGGCUGGCGACCAGGACAAGGCUGCCAAGGAAAGGGAGUCUGCCGAACAGUCGUCUGGGCCCGGACCAAGCCUCCGCCCCCAAAAUUCUACAACUUGGAGGGACGGAGGUGGGCGUGGCCCUGAUGAGCUGGAGGGCCCAGACUCCAAACUUCAUCAUGGUCAUGAUCCCCGGGGUGGGCUGCAGCCUUCAGGCCCACCCCAGUUCCCUCCCUACCGCGGAAUGAUGCCGCCCUUCAUGUAUCCCCCAUAUCUCCCGUUCCCUCCGCCCUAUGGACCCCAGGGGCCUUACCGAUACCCCACUCCUGAUGGGCCCAGCCGUUUUCCCCGUGUGGCGGGCCCCCGGGGCUCAGGGCCACCAAUGCGCUUAGUAGAGCCUGUGGGUCGUCCCUCUAUUCUCAAAGAGGAUAAUCUCAAAGAGUUUGAUCAGUUGGAUCAGGAGAAUGAUGAUGGUUGGGCAGGGGCCCAUGAAGAGGUUGACUACACUGAAAAGCUCAAGUUCAGCGAUGAGGAAGAUGGGCGAGACUCUGAUGAGGAGGGAGCUGAGGGCCACAAGGAUUCCCAAUCAGCUUCUGGUGAGGAACGGCCCCCUGAAGCAGAUGGCAAAAAGGGCAACUCCCCCAACAGCGAACCGCCCCCGCCUAAGACGGCCUGGGCAGAAACCUCUCGGCCUCCAGAGACAGAGCCAGGACCUCCUGCCCCAAAGCCUCCCCUACCCCCACCUCACCGGGGCCCCGCCGGGAACUGGGGCCCUCCUGGGGACUACCCAGAUCGUGGGGGUCCUCCCUGCAAGCCCCCAGCGCCUGAAGAUGAGGACGAGGCAUGGCGGCAGCGACGAAAGCAGUCGUCAUCUGAGAUUUCCCUGGCAGUGGAGCGGGCCCGGCGACGGCGAGAAGAGGAGGAGCGGCGCAUGCAAGAAGAGCGCCGGGCAGCCUGUGCCGAGAAGCUCAAGCGACUCGAUGAAAAGUUUGGGGCACCUGACAAGCGGCUCAAAGCAGAGCCUGCUGCCCCACCUGCUGCCCCUUCUACCCCAGCUCCACCACCUGCAGUCCCUAAAGAACUCCCUGCACCUCCAGCUCCACCUCCAGCAUCAGCCCCAACACCAGAGAAAGAACCUGAAGAGCCAGCACAGGCCCCUCCUGCCCAAUCUACUCCCACUCCAGGUGUGGCUGCGGCUCCCACUCUGGUGAGUGGUGGUGGCAGUACCAGUAGCACCAGCAGUGGCAGCUUCGAAGCCAGCCCAGUGGAACCACAGCUGCCCUCAAAAGAGCGUCCUGAACCACCAGAAGAGGUUCCUCCUCCUACCACACCCCCAGCUCCAAAGGUGGAACCCAAGGGUGAUGGGAUUGGUCCCAGCCGCCAGCCCCCUAGUCAGGGCUUGGGCUACCCCAAAUAUCAAAAGUCAUUGCCUCCUCGUUUCCAGCGGCAGCAGCAGGAGCAGCUCCUGAAGCAGCAGCAGCAGCACCAGUGGCAGCAGCAUCAACAGGGCUCUGCCCCUCCUACCCCAGUGCCCCCAUCACCACCACAGCCUGUUACCCUGGGGGCUGUGCCAGCUCCACAGGCUCCACCCCCACCCCCCAAGGCCCUGUACCCAGGUGCUCUGGGCCGGCCCCCACCCAUGCCCCCAAUGAACUUUGAUCCCCGAUGGAUGAUGAUUCCUCCUUAUGUGGACCCCCGGCUCCUCCAGGGUCGUCCCCCUCUAGACUUCUACCCUCCUGGCGUGCAUCCUUCUGGCCUAGUUCCCCGAGAGCGUUCAGACAGUGGGGGCUCAAGCUCAGAGCCAUUUGACCGUCAUGCACCUGCUAUGUUACGGGAACGGGGCACUCCACCGGUGGAUCCAAAGUUGGCCUGGGUAGGAGAUGUCUUCACUGCCACACCCGCUGACCCCCGCCCACUUACCUCACCACUGCGCCAGGCUGCGGAUGAGGAUGACAAGGGGAUGAGGAGCGAGACUCCUCCGGUUCCUCCCCCACCACCCUAUCUGGCCAGUUAUCCAGGCUUUCCUGAGAAUGGAGCCCCUGGGCCCCCAAUCUCUCGCUUUCCUCUGGAGGAACCAGGGCCCCGUCCACUCCCCUGGCCCCCAGGCAGUGAUGAAGUGGCCAAGAUACAAACUCCACCACCCAAGAAGGAGCCCCCUAAGGAGGAGACUGCACAGCUGACAGGGCCAGAAGCAGGCCGAAAGCCUUCCCGAGGAGUCGGAAGUGGAGGCCAGGGCCCCCCACCACCACGCAGAGAGAGUCGCACGGAGACCCGCUGGGGCCCUCGUCCGGGCAGCAGUCGUCGUGGAAUCCCUCCAGAGGAGCCAGGGGCCCCACCCCGCCGGGCUGGGCCUAUAAAGAAACCUCCACCACCUACAAAAGUCGAAGAGCUGCCUCCCAAGCCCCUCGAACAGGGGGAUGAAACCCCCAAAGCCCCAAAGCCAGACCCACUCAAGAUAACCAAGGGGAAGCUAGGGGGCCCCAAGGAGACCCCACCCAAUGGGAAUCUUUCUCCUGCCCCAAGGCUUCGGAGGGACUAUUCCUAUGAAAGAGUGGGUCCUACCUCUUGCCGGGGUCGGGGCCGAGGCGAGUAUUUUGCCAGAGGGAGGGGUUUUCGGGGGACCUAUGGGGGACGAGGGCGGGGAGCCCGAAGUCGGGAAUUCCGCAGUUACCGAGAGUUUCGAGGAGAUGAUGGACGUGGAGGUGGGACAGGGGGACCAAACCACCCUCCUGCUCCCCGAGGCCGCACUGCCAGCGAGACACGGAGCGAGGGUUCAGAGUAUGAGGAAAUCCCCAAGCGGCGCCGGCAGCGGGGCUCAGAAACGGGCAGCGAGACCCAUGAGAGUGAUUUGGCUCCCUCAGACAAGGAGGCUCCCCCACCCAAGGAGGGAACACUCACCCAGGUCCCUCUCGCUCCCCCACCACCAGGAGCCCCACCUUCACCAGCCCCAGCCCGCUUCACUGCCCGGGGUGGGCGAGUCUUCACUCCCAGGGGGGUGCCAUCUCGCCGGGGCCGAGGAGGAGGGAGGCCCCCUCCUCAAGUUUGCCCAGGCUGGAGCCCUCCAGCCAAGUCUCUGGCUCCCAAGAAACCUGCCACAGGCCCUUUGCCACCAAGUAAGGAGCCUUUGAAAGAUAAGUUGAUCCCAGGGCCUCUGUCCCCCGUGGCGCGUGGAGGCAGCAGUGGAGGUAGCAAUGUGGGCAUGGAAGAUGGGGAGCGACCCCGAAGGAGGCGACAUGGGAGGGCUCAGCAGCAGGAUAAACCGCCUCGUUUCCGGAGGCUGAAACAGGAACGGGAGAAUGCCGCAAGGGGGUCUGAAGGCAAGCCCUCCCUAACCCUUCCAGCCUCCACUGCUGGACCUGAGGAGGCCCUCACAACAGUCACAGUGGCCCCAGCACCUCGCCGGGCAGCUGCCAAGUCUCCUGAUCUGUCCAACCAGAACUCGGACCAAGCCAAUGAGGAGUGGGAGACUGCAUCAGAGAGCAGUGACUUCGCCAGUGAGCGCCGAGGAGACAAAGAGGCACCCCCACCAGCACUGCUGACACCCAAAGCCAUGGGAACUCCUGGGGGAGGUGGAGGUGGAGCCGUACCAGGUAUUUCAGCCAUGUCCCGUGGAGAUCUGAGCCAGAGAGCCAAGGAUUUGAGUAAACGGAGCUUCUCAAGUCAGCGGCCAGGCAUGGAACGGCAGAACCGGCGCCCUGGCCCAGGGGGCAAGGCUGGCAGCAGCAGUGGAGGAGGCGGUGGGGGUCCUGGAGGAAGGACCGGGCCAGGACGAGGCGACAAGAGGAGCUGGCCCUCUCCCAAAAACCGAAGUCGUCCUCCAGAGGAGCGUCCCCCGGGGCUUCCCCUGCCUCCCCCACCUCCCAGCAGUUCUGCUGUCUUCCGCCUGGACCAAGUUAUCCACAGCAACCCUGCUGGCAUCCAACAGGCUCUGGCCCAGCUUAGUAGCCGUCAAGGAAGUGUAACUGCACUCCCAGGGGGGCACCCAAGGCACAAGCCUGGGCCUCCCCAAGCCCCUCAGGGCCCCUCUCCUAGGCCCCCAACCCGACAUGAGCCCCAGAGGGUCAACAGCGGCCUCGGUUCUGACCCCCACUUUGAGGAGCCGGGGCCAGUGGCGAGAGGGGUGGGUGGGACUCCUCGGGAUUCUUCCGGGGUUAGUCCCUUUCCCCCUAAACGUCGGGAGCGGCCUGCCAGAAAACCAGAGCUGCUACAGGAGGAAUCUUUGCCACCUCCUCAUAGCUCUGGAUUCUUGGGCUCUAAGCCUGAGGGCCCAGGCCCUCAGGCAGAGUCCAGAGAUACAGGCACAGAGGCCCUGACCCCUCACAUCUGGAACCGUUUACAUACUGCCACUAGCCGAAAGAGUUAUCGACCCAACUCCAUGGAGCCUUGGAUGGAGCCCCUGAGUCCUUUUGAGGAUGUGGCUGGCACAGAAAUGAGUCAGUCUGACAGUGGGGUGGACCUGAGUGGGGAUUCUCAGGUGUCAUCAGGUCCCUGCAGCCAGCGAAGUUCCCCUGAUGGAGGACUCAAGGGGGCAGCAGAGGGACCCCCCAAGAGGCCUGGAGGCCCCUCACCGCUGAAUGCUGUUCCUUGUGAGGGUCCACCUGGCUCUGAACCUCCUAGGAGACCGCCACCUGCCCCCCACGAUGGGGACAGAAAGGAGCUGCCCCGGGAGCAGCCUCUGCCCCCUGGCCCCAUUGGCACAGAACGAUCACAGCGUACAGACCGAGGCACAGAGCCUGGCCCCAUUCGGCCAUCCCAUCGACCUGGUCCCCCGGUCCAGUUUGGCACUAGUGACAAGGACUCAGACCUAUGCCUAGUGGUAGGAGACAGCUUGAAAGCAGAGAAGGAGCUAACAGCAUCAGUCACUGAGGCCAUUCCUGUAUCACGAGACUGGGAGCUGCUUCCCAGUGCUGCUGCCUCUGCUGAGCCACAAUCCAAGAACCUGGGUUCUGGGCACUGUGGCCCAGAGCCCAGCUCCUCAGGCCAGCGCCUGUAUCCUGAGGUUUUCUAUGGCGGUGCUGGGCCUUCCAGUUCUCAGAUCUCUGGGGGAGCCAUGGACUCUCAAUUACAUCCAAACAGUGGAGGCUUCCGCCCUGGGACACCCUCACUGCACCCUUACAGAUCACAGCCCGUAUACCUACCCCCCGGCCCAGCCCCUCCCUCAGCACUGCUCUCUGGGGUAGCUCUCAAGGGCCAGUUUCUGGAUUUCUCCACACUGCAAGCUACAGAGCUGGGGAAGUUGCCGGCUGGAGGAGUUCUCUACCCUCCACCUUCCUUCCUCUACUCUCCGGCUUUCUGCCCCAGUCCUUUGCCUGACACAUCGUUGCUUCAGGUACGCCAGGAUCUGCCAUCCCCUUCGGAUUUUUAUUCUACUCCUCUGCAGCCUGGUGGCCAAAGUGGCUUUCUCCCUUCAGGGGCUCCUGCCCAGCAGAUGCUUCUACCCAUGGUAGACUCACAGCUGCCUGUGGUGAACUUUGGCUCCCUGCCGCCAGCACCACCUCCUGCCCCACCUCCCCUUUCUCUGUUACCUGUGGGCCCUGCUCUGCAGCCCCCCAGCCUGGCUGUGCGGCCCCCACCUGCUCCUGCUACUCGGGUGCUGCCUUCACCUGCCAGGCCCUUCCCCGCUAGCUUGGGGCGAGCAGAGCUGCAUCCAGUGGAACUAAAGCCGUUCCAGGAUUAUCAAAAACUGAGCAGCAACCUUGGGGGACCUGGGUCAUCACGGACUCCCCCAGCUGGAAGGUCCUUCUCUGGCCUCAAUUCCCGUCUCAAGGCCACGCCUUCCACCUACAGUGGAGUCUUCCGCACCCAGCGCGUCGACCUUUACCAGCAGGCCUCCCCACCAGAUGCCCUGCGCUGGAUACCUAAGCCUUGGGAGCGGACAGGGCCGCCACCUCGAGAAGGGCCCUCCCGACGGGCAGAGGAGCCUGGGUCCCGAGGGGACAAGGAGCCUGGGUUGCCCCCACCCCGCUGAGGGAGUUCCUCUUGCCCCCUACCCCCGGGGCUUGUAUAUAGAUUAUAAAUAUAUAAGGGGGAAAGGGGUGGGGGGGGAGGGGUUGUGGGGCUGGGGCCUCACUACCCCUCCUCCCCCUUCCCCUGGUCCCCUGUCCCUGGGGCUGUUUGUUAAAAAAGAGUAAUAAAAGGAUUUAAAAAACUUCUACAAUGAUUUGGGGGAUGGGUUGUUGGCAUUGUCUUAAAGCAUGGUGUUGAGUGAUCUGUAGUUUCAGUCAGGGAAAUAUUCAUUACUUUUUCCAGUGAGCUGUUGAAACCAAAAACGUGACCAUUGUAUUGGAUCUUUAAAUUUUUGUGAGUCGGGAAUUUGGGCUGCGCUCAUCUGGAUAUAUCUGCUUUUUUGUGCCAGUCUGCAAGGUCAACUGGUUAUCAGUCUGCAGCUGACACCUGGGCUGGUCCCAGUAUGGCUUCCUUUGCAUAUCUGGGGCCUUGGUGGGACAUCUGUAACAUUACUGGAUUAUCAACCAGUGUCUUCACAUGGACUCUCCAGCAGGCCUGUUACAUGUCCGUGAGCUCAUGUUCCAAGAGGUCUAGCUGGAAUUUGCUAAGCUUAUGCCACGCUUAGUUGAUCGAGCGCUAAACUAGCCAAAGUAGGGGAUGGGGGGGUUAGGACUUCAACUGCAUCUCAAAGGGACUAGCAAAGAAUUUGCAGCCAUGGGACUUCAGUGCUUUAUGAUGAACUAAGGGGAAAAAUCUGUUAAGGCCUCAGUGUUGGAGCACAUUUAAGGGGCUCUGAAUUGGAUAGACCAAUUCCAGCAUUGUCAAACUAAGUGGGAUUUCACAUGGUAACGCCGCAUGCUAGUUAUGUUAAGACUAUACUUAGGUCUGCAGCUGCUCAGAAACUUUUUUUGAUGGGUAAUUUGAGAGCUCUAUCCUAGCGUGCACCUGGAAUAUGCUCCCAACUCAAAAUAGAGGUCUUUUAUUUAUAAAUAAAGUGCUUUUGCACAAAAAAUACAUCAGGCCGGGCACAGAGGUUCACACCUGUAAUCCCAGCACUUUGGGAGGCCAAGGCGGGUGGGUCACAAGGUCAGGAGUUCGAGACCAGCCUGGCCAAUAUGGUGAAACCCUGUCUCUACUAAAAAUACAAAAAUUAUCCGGGAGUGGUGGCGGACGCCUGUAGUACCAGCUACUCAGGAGGCUGAGGCAUGAGAAUCGCUUGAACCCAGGAGGCGGAGGUUGUAGUGAGCCAAGAUCGAGAUCGGGCCACUGCACUCCAGCCUGGGAGACAGAGCAAUACUCUGUGUCAAAAAAAAAAAAAAAAAAAAAUACAAACAUCAAAACUGGCUUGUACAAUUUAGCGUGCUGGGUGAACAGAACAGUGUCCAUAUGCUUACGAGGAGAUACUACAAGCUUUCUGGUACUCCAAGGAAGUACUGAUUUAAAAAACAAGUUCACACAAGAUUAAGGGACACACUACUUAAUGGAGACAAUGUAGAGAGAAAGCAGCCAGAAAAAUCUGACUUUUAUUUCUUAAAUACUGUGAAGGAAGAGGGGGGAAACAGUCCCCUGAUGAGGAAGGGCCAUAGAGCAAAGAGCUAAGGAUCUUCAGCAAAGGCCCGCUGGGCAUUGGGGAAGCGCUGGGGACUGUAGUUGGGGUCUUCCUGCAGUCGUUUUUGUAU